UUCUUCAUGAUGAGGGAGCGCAUGUUGUCCCCCUCCCUCCCUCCUCCUCUCUCUCUCUCUCUCUCUCUCCCACACACACUCACGCAGAGCCAGAUCUUAAAGUGAGCCACAGACCAGACAAUUGCCAUUGCCAGAUCACUCGCACUCUCUCUCUCUCUCUCUCUCUCUACAAGGACAUGGUGGAGAUGAUGAGGUGAAGCUGAAGAAGCUUUCAUGGUGGAGCUGAAGAGGAAGAGAUAGUGAAGAGAAGAUGAACUCCAGAGCUCGAACUGCCCUUCAAACCACGAAAUCUUCUCCAAAUCCAGAUAAGAACGAAAGAAUGCAGACACGAGGAAGCAGAGUGACGGGUGCUGAGAAGCCCGUGACCAAUAGGCGACGCUUAAACAGAGAGAAGAAAUUGGCAUUGCUUCAAGAUGUUGAUAAGCUGAAGAAGAAGCUCAGACAUGAAGAGAAUGUUCACAGAGCAUUAGAGACCUUCAACAGGCCUCUUGGAGCUCUUCCUCGUCUCCCUCCUUAUCUCCCUCCUCAUACAUUGGAACUUCUUGCUGAAGUAGCUGUUUUGGAAGAGGAGAUUGUUCGGUUAGAAGAGCAGGUGGUGAAUUUCAGACAGGGUCUAUACCAAGAAGCUGUUUACAUAUCGUCCAAGAGGAAUGCUGAGGUUUCGAGUGAUGUCUCUGAUGAAGUGCCUGCAAGAAGGGCUAAACACGAGCGGUCGAAGUCGAUGUCACAGAGCGACUUCAGUUCUCUAGCAUCUGCUCCUGGGCAUCAACCGGCGCUCGCCAGGAGCGCAUCUAGUAGAAAGCUCCUGUUUUCCGAAUCUUCACAAGAUCGGACGGGAAUAGUUAGCAGGGUGAUGAAUGGGAAACCAGCGCAGAAAAAGUUCAGCUCUCCGCCGAUUUUGGAAGAUGUGCGAGGAAAGGAGAAUUGCUUGCACGUGAAUUCUUCGAAGGACAAAGCGUCGCUUGACAAGAAGACUUCGAAGAAUUCCACACCCAUCAAGAAAAGUCCAAUUAAGCAGGAACAGGCAGAGAAGAUGCUUGAAUCUUCAAAACCGCAGCUAGAGAGCAGAUUUGGAGACCAGGAAAAAGCACAGCAAAAUUCACUGAGCUCUUCGCAAGAUGGAGCAGCCCAAGUGGAUGAAUCGCCAAACAAAAUAUCAGAGGACAUUGUUAGGUGCUUGUCUAGCAUCUUUGUAAGGAUGAGCACAUCUAAAGCAAAAGCUUUUGGAUCGUUGAAUUCGCCAUCUCAAUUGACAAACUUUGAUGGGAGAAAUGGAGAAUCGGCCUAUCCUUAUGAAAUAUGUCCAGAAUUCGGGAAGAGGGAUGUUGGUCCUUACAGACAUCUCUACAUGGUGGAUGCUUAUUCAGUUGAUGUCAAUCGGAAAACGAAUGCUCUGUUCCUGAUCCAAAGGCUGAAGUUUCUUCUUGGGAAGCUUGCCUGCGUUAAGUUAGAUGGGCUCACUCAUCAGCAGAAGUUGGCAUUCUGGAUAAACACUUACAAUUCUUGUAUGAUGAAUGCAUUUUUAGAGCAUGGAAUACCAGAUACUCCUGAAGCAGUGGUUGCAUUGAUGCAACAGGCGACGAUCAAUGUUGGGGGUCACUUGAUGAAUGCAAUUACCAUUGAGCAUUUUAUCUUGAGGCUACCUUACCACUUAAAAUUCACAUGUCCAAAAGCUUCGAAGAAUGAGGAUGUGAAAGCGCGCCGCACAUUCGGGUUGGAGUGGUCUGAGCCGCUGGUUACAUUCGCUCUCUCCUGUGGAAGCUGGUCAUCUCCUGCAGUGCGUGUCUAUACGGCGUGUCACGUCGAGGACGAACUGGAAGCAGCAAAGAGGGACUAUCUCCAAGCAUCGGUGGGCAUAUCGAGAACCAACAAGCUGGUCAUCCCGAAGCUUUUGGACUGGUAUCUGCUCGACUUCGCGAAGGACAUGGAGUCGCUGCUGGACUGGGUGUGCCUGCAGCUGCCGGACGAGCUCCGCAGAGACGCCGUCCAGUGCCUCGAGAAGAAGGGGGAGCCGCUCUCGCAGCUGGUGCAAGUGACGCCGUACGACUUCAGUUUCAGGCUGCUGUUGCAGCAGUGAGAAUGGGUUUGACGUUCUCUUUUCUUUGGUUGAUUGAUUUAUUAUUUCAAGUCCUGCAACUCAUACAUGUCCAUCCUCUCUUCUCCCUAUACAUAUUUCGCCUUCGGUUAUAUUGCGGGGUGGGUUUUAGUCAGAAUAAGAUGCACUGUACCUCCGACGGAAUGAAGAUAGAAACAUGGCUUGGAGGCUGCUUGUAAGAAAGCUCGUCGUGCAUUGUCAACUUCUCAUGUUUCUCUCUCCCACUAAAUGGAUUGAUAAUUUGUUAUGUCGUC